AUGUUGAGAUUGACUGUAGCUGCUGCCCUUGUCUCUAGAGCACUUGCUGCUCCUGCUGCCGCUUCAAGUUCUUCGGCUCCAGUUGUAAACACUGUCACUGUGGGUUCUACCACCUUCACCAACCAUGGUUUGGUCGGUGCUGGUUCUCUUCCAUCCAAUGCUCGUGACCAAUUUGGUGAUACCAUCGGUGGUAUUGGAUCCGCCAUUGCUUUUGACCAAUCCUCAUUCACUUUGAAUGCCGACGGUACCUACUCUGGUGUUUUAUAUACCCAACCUGAUCGUGGUUGGAACACCGAGGGAACUGUCAACUACAAGGGUCGUAUCCAGCAAUUCAACCUUACCUUGAAUCCUUACUAUGGAUCUGCUGAUCAAUCUUCUGCUGACCAGAUCACUUUGGCUUAUGACAAGUCCAUCUUGUACACUGGUCCUGACGGUAUUGAGACCACUGGUUUGGAUGCUGCUGAAAUCUACACCUCCAACGAUGUCGAUUAUCCUGCUGCUUACCUUCCUGGUACCGAUACUCUUGCUCUUGCGCUUGAUCUUGAGGGUCUUGUUCAUGACCCUCGUGAUGGCUCUUUCUGGGUCUCCGAUGAGUAUGGCCCUUAUAUUUACCACUUUGAAAGUGACGGUACUUUUAUUAGUGCCAUUGUUCCUCCUGCUGCCUAUAUCCCUGUCAUCAACAAGAAGACAAACUUCACUGGCACCACCGACCCUGAUACAGGACGUUCUGCCAACCAUGGUUUCGAGGGUCUUUCCAUUAGUUCUAACGGUACUUAUAUUUACGCUCUCUUGCAAGCUGCUUUGGUUCAAGACGGUGGUACCCAUGCCACGAGAGAAGAGUACACCAGAAUGGUCCAAUACGACAUCUCUGAUGCCUCCUCUCCUCAACUUGUAGGUGAGUAUGUUGUUGUCUUGCCUCAAUUCGAGGACCCUGAUGAGUCUAAGAACCCCCGUACCGGUGAAUCCAGUGAACUCCACUUCAUUAACGACCACCAGUUCUUGUAUCUUCCCCGUGAUAGUGGUCGUGGACAGGGUCAAUCCAACUCUACCUCCAUUUUCAGAAACGCCGAGAUAUUUGACAUCUCUUCUGCUACCAACAUUGCUGGCAGCAAGUAUGAUGAGGCAAAGAACCCCGUUGCCAAGGAUGGUGACAGUUUGGAGAGCAAGGUAACUCCUGCUACUGGAACUCCUUUUGUUGAUUACAACGAUAACUCCCAAUUGAACAGAGUCGGCUUGCACAACGGUGGUGAUAACGACUCAACUGACCUCGACGAGAAGUGGGAGAGUUUGGCUCUUGUCCCCACUUCCCAGGGCUCUAAUGACUACUUCCUCUUCACCAUGAGUGACAACGACUUCAUCACCCAAGAUGGAUACCUCAAUGGUGAGCAAUACGCUGACGAUUCCGGACUCAACCUUCCCACCCAGAUCUUGGCCUUCUGGGUCACUAUCAGCGAUGUCGAGUCUGGUGUUGAGCUUGUUAACUAG